GUAGAAAAAACUGACAUUUUAGUAGACUCAAGGUGAUUCGAUAAAUAGUGAAUGAAACUGUCUACCUGUGUGGGCAAAUAGGAUUCGGGGAGUUGUCUGCAAGGUUCAGAGUCCAAAAUAAGAGUGAGGAUGAAGCCACCAUACAGGACCCCCCACUAGUCCACGUGUUGGUUAGGUUCACUGGUAAACAAGGCUGGUGCAGCUCCUUCAGCAACACCUUCUGAGAUACCAAAGGGAAGUCAAAUCAACAAUUGCUAAGAGAAACUUAGCAAAAAUACCAUAAUGCAGCAAGGGAAAGGAAAUUUUAGGGGUAAAAUGACUAGCAGUCAAGGUGGUUUGAAGAGAUCAAGGAAACGGAAGAGACCUGUUGUGUGGGGAACUGAAAAGAUGGAAUUAAGUGCAAGGUUGUUGGCAGAUCAAGAAGGGCGGGCAGGUAAUAGGGACAACAGAACCCUUUAUGUCCGCUUUCCAAAAUCAUUGAGAAUCUGCAAGGAUACCGAGGCAAAGAAUUUGGUGAAAAAUGCAGUUGAUAUACGCUUUCCUCGGGCAACGGCUGAAAAGUAUUAUACGCAUUGUUUUAUGGAAUUUAAAUCUGAGAAAGAGACAAUUCACAUGAAGGAAAAAAUUUCCAAAAUGGAAGUGGAAGGGGAGCCAUUCUAUGUGGACUACGUUGGAAUGAAGUCUAAGAACUUCAAAAAGAAGGAUGCUCAGGAAGUGAAUCCUCUCAAAUUGUAUGUUGGAAACCUUCCAGAAAGUGCCACCCGUUCUGACCUUAGGAAUAGCUUCCAUUCUUCAGUACGCAUUGACUAUACAAGGAAUAGCAAGAAAAACAAAAAAAAUAGAUUUGCUUUCAUCACCUACCCAACUCCAGCAGAAGCAUUGAGAGUAUUUAACAUGUCUAAAAAUCGCAAAAUUAAUGGCGAGGACGUAUUAGUAAUGUUUGCAAAGUCAAGGGUGAAGGAAAAUACCGAGAAUGGAGGUGGAAAAUCUCCCAUGAAGAAAUUAAAGGUUAAAGAAGUAGCAAGUAAACAACAAGAUUCAGAGGAGCAGGAAGAAAAUGGAGGUGAAGAGGAAGAUGAUGAUGAUGAUGAGGAGGUGGAGGAAAAGGAAGAAAAUGGUGGUGAAGAAGACGAUGAUGAUGAGGAAGAUGAAGAGGAGGAAGGGGAUGAUGUUGAGGAGAUUGAUGUUGAUGAGGAAGAGGAUGAUGAUGAGAAUGAUGAUGAUGAUGAGAAUGAUGAUGAUGGUGAUGAGGAUGAUGGUGAUGAGGAUGUAGGUAAGUAACAAGCAGAUAAGUAUAUUAUGAGAUUGAUUAAGAGAAAGAUGAUGAAGAUUACAGGAUAGGAGACUGAAAUAUUGUAAUAUGAUCUGAAUGUUUGUACAAGUGCAGUAGUACUACUAGUUGUGGCGAGAGUAUUUUGUCAACGACUACAUAUAUGUGAUGAUCAGGUCUUUUAGAAUGUAUUAGAGGUUUUUGAUGAAAACAAAAUUCAUGUUGUGGUCAAUGAAUUUUGUAUUUAACUCAAUGUUUGUUUGUAUUAAUAAUAAGUAAAAUAAAUUGCUUAUUUGGGGUGUUUUGUGAUGUGAAGGAAAUCUAAAAUUUUUAAUGUUAAUAUAAAUAAAAUGAAAGAAUUCAAA